CAAAAAAAAAACUUGAAUUUUUUAUUUCGCGUCACCCGGUGUCGCCUGCAUCAAAUGUCUACCCCCCCUUUCACCGAUUUUGAAGAAUCCCUCUAAAAGCAACUAUUUUCCGGCAAAGUGAAAGUCUCUUUAUUUAUUCAGGAAAGCGAAGCUAUCACCACCAAAAUGUCUUAUGAUAUUCCAACGUUGAAUGCUCUGGAAUUGAGAAAGUUUUGGAAACAUCUUUUAGACAAGUAUCAGCAAAGCUUCAUUUGUGGUUACAAUCUUGUAGACUGGGAGCGACUUAUGAAACUAAUCAGGAGAAAUAUGUUAAAUAGCCAAGCAGAGGAUGUUGUGGAUAAUUUAUUGAUCACAAAGCUUAAUGAGAGAUUGGCUCCUGUCGAUGAGGUUACCGUGUUUUUCAACACAGAGAAUCUGGAUAUUCCUUUUGGCUGUGAGCCCAUCAGCCUCCGCUACAAUUUCAAUGGAGAAAGAAAAAAGUUAAAGAAAUGCUUUAACAUUCGUAAUCAAGAUUAUGUAUAUUACGGGAUAUUAGAUUUUGUCAGUAAAAUUGAUGAGAACAAGACUAAGCUCUUACUUGGGGAAAGCUACCCAAAGUAAGCAGCACGUCUUGUCAAAAAAGCAACACAGUCCAGCAGCGAUUUGACAGAGGAAGAUGUUGCAUGCAAGUUUUCUAAAGACGUCUUGUUUGGUACAAGUGGAACAUUGUCAAAAGCAAACGAAAAGGAGGCCAAGAAGAACCUCAACAAAAAAGACGU